AUGGCUUUCCGAUGCAUCCUGGCCGCCCUGGCAGCGCGCUGCGCUGCCCUGGACCACCCCCUUGCGCAGGACAACGAGUGCUUCCAGAAGGAAGAGUGCUCCCUCCAUGCCCUUCAGCGGCGAGCUGAAGCGAGGAAAGUUGCAGCGCAUGCUGCGUCCCCUGAUGUCGCCAUACCCGGCAUGGGAGACCUGCCAGAAGAAGGGGACGAGCCGGUGAUUCAGGACACGGCCGAAGAUGACUCCGACACGGCCGAGGAUGCAGAGGAGGACCAGAGUGAGGAGAGCUCGGAACAGGACACCCCGCAGGUCGAGGAGCCUGCGGGUGAGGGCCCGAGCAUGCCGCCGCUUCCGUCCCGACCUCCCAUGCCAGUGCCGAAGACCGUAAAGUUCAUGAACCCGGUCGUCGUCAAGAGCAACUUCCUCUAUGACUCCGUUACCGGAAAACGCUUCUUCGCCAAAGGCGUGGCGUAUAAUCCACGGAAUGAGAGGUACGACCACUCCUUCGGCUCAAGCGUGCAGGUGGAAGGCUGGGUUGACCACUGCGCCCCGGGACAUCCCAAGGGUGGCGAGUGGACCUACACUGAGGACGUCAUUGCCGACGAGCACGAGGACAUGUGGAGUGAGGACCUGGAGGCCAUCGCGAACCUCGGUGCCAACACGGUGCGCCUCUACAACGUGGAUCCCCAGAACAACCACAGCAAGUUCAUGAACAAGGCAGCAUCGCUGGGAAUCUAUGUCAUUGUUCCCCUCAACGGCAAAGACUGGGGCUUCCUCCCGGCCUUUCCGGCUCCCGACUGCUACACGCAGGAGAUUGAAGGAUAUGGGAACGUGGGUGUGAAUGCUUUGAGCUUUGCCAAGCAGGUGGUGAAGGAGUUCAGCCAGUUCAACAAUACCCUCCUCUUCACAGUUGCAAAUGAACUGGCCCAGAACGACAAGAACGGAUGGGCCGCAUUCCCGUGCGUCAAAGCCCUCACAAGAGAUGUCCAUCUCUACCAGAAGUCGUGCGGAAGCUCGAUGCGCCGGGUGCCGCUGAUCUAUUCUGAUGUGGACAUGGGUGCAGGAGACCGCGGGCAGGUGGCGCAGUACCUGACUUGCGCGCUGGACAGUGAGGAUGACGCCGUCGACGUGUACGGUCUGAACGUCUACUCCUGGUGCGACGAGACUUACCCCGGCGGAGGGCUGGAGGACAACUUCCAGUAUUCCCCGUACUAUGAGAUCAAGAAGGACUUCAAGGACCUCUCGGUUCCCAUGCUCUUCACGGAGUUUGGCUGCAACCUGGGCGUCUUCAAAACGAAGUGCCCGUACCCUGAUGGCCGACGCUGGCCCGAAGUGAAGCAUCUGGUGGGGAAGGACAUGGGCCAGAUUAUCAGCGGUGCCAUUGCCUUCCAGUUCUCCAUGGACAAGGAGGAGUAUGGACUGACCCUCUCCCCGAACUUCCUGGCCAAUCAGACCAAGCUGUACCUGCUCGACAACUACUUCAAUCUGCAGAAGGUCUUCCACGAGUACAACGUCAGCUCAGAGUGGGAUGCCACCCCCAAGGAGGUGGCGCAGUGCAACUUCGUUCCAUCGGAGGUGCAUGCCAUGGAGGACACCCACAAGAGGCCUCACUGCCCCAGCGAGUCGGUCUGGCUGAAGAUCAUGAAGAAGCACCGCGUCGACAAGCUCUCGAACUGGACGCAGAUACCACCAACUCCCAAUGCUACGCAGACUGCUUUGUGGAACGUUGGUGGUCAGGCGGAGUGCCCGGCAGCGGAGAUCUCUACGGCCAUGCAGGCCAACAACUUGCUCCACGACUGCCCAUGGCUGCCUCAUGGUACAUGGGGGUUUGACCAUCCAGUAACCCUAAACCCUAAGCCCUACACCCUAAACCCUAAACCCUAA